AUGUCACACCGCGUCCCCGAGAUCCCCUGCUGGCGCGACCGCAUCACCAGCCGUCUCCACCCGCUAGGCGACUACGGCCUGCUCGACAUCGUCCAACAGGUCCCGUGGGGCACCGACCCAACCAACACAGUUGCCAUCCAGACCGUCGUGGCCUUCAUCCGGGGCCGGCCGUUCUUCUGGUUCAUCAAUGGGCCCAGCCCCGACCCCGGCUGGUACAUCACCAAGCUGCUGCUCUUCUGGCGCAGCGCGCUGGCGGACCCCAACUACCGCAUCCCGACGGCGAUGAUGCUGGCGGGCGGCGGCUGUCUCGGCGGCAACCAGGUCAUGUUCUGGACGUUCGAGGCGCGAGGCUCGGCGGGUGAAGGCGGGCAACGCGUCGCGACCCGGUGGCAGCGUCAACGCCGCACCCAGUUCGAUUGGUGGGCCGAUGAGUCCAUCACCAGCCGGUUCUUCUUCGAUGUCGCCGACAAUGUGAAUGCCGUCGUUUGGCCGCCUCCGCCUGCUGCUGGCCUGCAGGAUACGGAGGGGGAGGGGGAGGGAGAGGGGGGGAGGACGCCGCGGCCGCUUGGAACCAUUGCGGAGGAUGCCGGUGAGUAUUCCUCCAACGAUCCGGAGGAUAGUGGAUCUGCUAACGCUCGGGGAAGUGCAUGCCAGGCGGCGCGCGAACACGAUUUGAAUGAUAACGACGAUGACGCGGUGGGAUCCGCUGCUGCGUCGGAGACUUGGCGUAGUUGCGCGUCCACGGAAUACUUCUCUGCGGAGUCGAAAGGGGGAUAG